AGGUAUCUUGGCUUGAAUUUCGAUCAACACCAUCAAACCCAGGUUUAGCGGCAUGCUGCAGGAGAGUGGGCGGAGCCAGGAGGCUGACGUCACCCAAGUAUGAGGCACGCAGCACAGAUCUAUGCUGCAGGAACCAGAACAGCCCUCUGUGAGGGCGUUGCGAAGUUGCGACAUCUGAAGACCGUGCAGAGGUUCACUUAUGACGUCAUAGGUCAGUGACCUGACCUGACUCAAAAAUGCGGUUGGUGUCAAAAGAUGCGGCUUGAACCAAAGGAGCUGCUGCAAUGUUUUUUCACAUAUCUCUGGAGCAUGAAAUUCUUUUGCAUCCUCGCUACUUCGGACCACAACUGCUGGAGACUGUCAAACAAAAACUAUUUUCAGAGGUGGAAGGCACGUGCACGGGCAAGUACGGCUUUGUCAUCUCGGUGACGACCAUCGACAACAUCGGCGCCGGUCGCAUCCAGCCGGGCCGCGGCUUCGUCGUCUACCCGGUCAAGUACAAGGCCAUUGUGUUCAGACCGUUCAAAGGCGAGGUCCUCGAUGCAGUAGUCACACAGGUGAACAAGGUGGGCCUGUUCACGGAGAUCGGCCCGUUGAGCUGUUUCGUGUCGCGCCACUCGAUCCCCAGCGACAUGGUGUUCGACCCCAACUCGAACCCGCCCUGCUACAAGACCCAGGACGAGGAGGUCAUGAUCCAGCAAGACGACGAGAUCCGGCUAAAAAUCGUCGGCACGCGAGUGGACGCCAGCGACAUAUUCGCCAUCGGCACACUGAUGGACGACUACCUGGGCCUCAUCAGCUAGUGGGCGGCGCGCGGCGGUUCGGUCCGGCGGUUACAGCUCCGCUCCCCAGAUUCCGGAAUACCGCCGAGCUGGCGGCGGCUCAGAGGAACCGGCGGCCGGCCUCUGAGCGCCAUCGGAGAAGUAGUGGGACUCUCCGGUACCGGGCGGCAGUGCCAGCGCAGUGCCGGCCCUGCCGCUGAAUGCUACUCGUCGCUUGGGUGGUCGGCGCACCGAGUCUCAGUCGACUGCUGUUGGGCUGGGGACCUUAGGGCUCAUUCCGUGUUGUCAGUAUCAUCACCAUUUUGUUAAUGUGCAUCCUGUGAAACUAUCGGAUUCAUGGUAAUACACCCGUCCAGGAAAA